GUCUUCUCUCUAAAUUCUAAAGGCAACAGCCUCUCACCUUGCUCUCUGCUCCUCUCACUCAACUUAGGGGUCUUUGCUGGCCCUAGUUCGACUUCGACCUCCAAGCUUUGCCAACCUUUCCUCUUUAUGGGACUAAAAGUCCAGCUCUGAAUCAAUUGAACUAUAUGCCUUUUGGAUGUGUAUUUGAGAUUGAUGGAAGCUGCAGAAAGAUCUUCUUCUUCUUCUUCUGGUUACACCCUUGGGCCACCAUGGUUGUUUAAAGGCAGUGCUCUAUACCAACUUCAUCUCGUGAAAGCAGAAACUGCACGGGCUUUCAUUCCAAAGGAGUUAAAACUAGUUGAAGCAUUUGGGUAUACCCUUGGUGGUCUCUUCCUUGCUCACUAUGAUGACAGCCCAGCUGGAAGGUUUGAUGAGCUUGUGGUGAUUGCUGGCAUUGUAUGGAACCCACCAACUUCAUGCGCAUGGGCUGCUAGAGUACUGGUGAAUAGUUGUGAGGCAUGCAGGCACGGUAGGAAGGAAAUAGGGCUUCCAAGCCAUGUUGCAGUAUUCUCAAAGAUAACAAAUAACAAAUAUAUACAAUAUGGCAGAAGCAUACAUAGUCCAUCUGCUCGAAUCUUUGUCCAUCUUCUUAUGCAAAGAAAAGUGGAAAUAAUGGAGAAACAAUCAAGCAGACACAGUAGUUUCCUAAACAUGAUUGGCAUGAGUUCUGCUUACUGCAAGUCGAAGGAGCACAGUGAGAUCCAAGUAUCAGAAAUUAAGGGCUCUUCCCAAAUGUCCAUAUGUAGCAUCAGUUUGCCAUUUGUUGUGCCAAAAUCAAAAACAAGCGAGAAAUGGAUGGGUCCUAUGAUCAGAAUGUCACUUCCAAGCUUUAGUGGCCAAACUGAACACAACCCCCAGCUUCUCAAGUACUCCUGCCAGAUUGAAUGCAGGUCUGCAUUAACUGGUGCGAGCAGUGGAGGCUGCUAAAAUAUCAAGGCCAAGGACUAUUGAUGCUGAUGAUGGCCAUGAUACCAAUUUUAGCAACCAAGGUUCCAAUCAUUUUGCUGAAGAUGAAGCAUGGAACCGAAGCAUUUCAGUGUUGCUAUCAAAACCCAUCUUAGCUUUGGAGUUCAACUUUCUAAAGAUGCAGGUUGAAGCUCCGACCAUCCUGGUUCCUCACUUGAAGAAGAAUCAACUGGAAGAAUCAAGAUCUCACUGAACAUUUUGUUUUACAAGAACUCUUUAAUUGUUCAAUUUUGUCAUUUGUUUGUGUGGUGAUAUUUUUUUUUUCCUAAAGUGGAAAUUCAUAAGAUGCAUAAAAUAGCCAAUGAUGUAAUAUGCUAUGACUGUUGUGGACUUUGGUGGUAUUUUGCAAAUUUUAAGUAAUUUUAAUGCUCAAGUAUUCCG